UCGCCUAUCACAGCCAGUCCCCUGCACAGUGUGCAGUUGGGCUCUGCAGAGCUUGUUCCUGCUGUGUCACUCUGUCCUUCCCCCUUGCUUGGUCUUCUUGGUGGCAGGAUUAUAAUCCAGUGCCCUGCUGCUGUCGUGCCCCUGGUUUGAGCUUUCUGCCUGACUUCUGCCCGCACUUCUCUUUGCUCUGGUACUGCACCAAGCAUGGAGAAUGACCAGUUCACUGAGAAGCAGCAGCAGGUUCCCACCUCACCUAGGCAGGACAUUCAAGGGCAAAGCAAGGAGGAACCUGUCCCCAGCUCGCAGCCCCUGUCCCCCACAGACCAAACCAGCUCCCAUCCUGAGGUGGCCACGUGUGACAUCUCGGAGGAGCUGAGCCGGCAACUGGAGGACAUUAUUAAAACCUAUGGGUCUGCAGCCAGUCUGAUGGAGAAGGAAGGCACUACAGCAGGAACUGAAAGGCCAGAGAAGGGAGAUGCGGGCAGUAUGGAGGAUGCAGAGUAUGAGGAUACAAAUGAAGAAAGUGAGAAAGACAAAACAGCUCCUGGAGAUGCUUCAAGAGCAAAGGAGCCCAGCACCAGCAAGGAACAAAAGCUGGAGAAGAAAAUACUGAAAGGACUAGGAAAGGAAGCCACCCUACUGAUGCAAAGCUUGAACAAACUGAAUACUCCAGAAGAGAAACUGGACCUGUUAUUUAAGAAGUAUGCUGAGCUGCUUGAGGAGCAUCGUGCUGAGCAGAAGCAGCUCAAGUACCUGCAGAAGAGGCAGGCCCAGAUCACCAAGGAGAAGGAUCAGCUGCAGAGUGAGCACAGCCGAGCCAUCCUUGCUCGCAGCAAGCUUGAGAGCCUGUGCCGGGAGCUCCAGAGGCACAACAAAACCCUCAAGGAGGAAACAAUUCAGCGGGCACGGGAGGAAGAUGAGAAGAGGAAAGAAAUAACAAACCAUUUCCAGGGCACGCUGAGUGAAAUCCAGGCUCAGAUUGAGCAGCAAAGUGAGAGGAACAUGAAGCUCUGCCAGGAGAACACAGAGCUGGCAGAGAAGCUGAAAAGCAUUAUUGACCAGUAUGAGCUGCGGGAAGAGCACCUUGACAAAAUAUUUAAGCACAGAGAACUUCAACAGAAAUUGGUGGAUGCCAAGUUGGAGCAGUCUCAGGAAAUGAUGAAGGAAGCAGAGGAGCGACAUCAGAAGGAAAAGGAAUAUCUCCUCAAUCAAGCUGCAGAAUGGAAGCUACAGGCCAAAAUGUUAAAGGAACAGGAGACAGUCCUGCAGGCACAGAUCACUCUCUACUCUGAGAGAUUUGAAGAAUUUCAGAAAACAUUGACAAAAAGCAAUGAAGUGUUUGCUACCUUCAAACAGGAGAUGGAGAAAAUGACAAAGAAAAUGAAGAAGUUGGAAAAGGAUACUGCUACAUGGAAAUCCAGGUUUGAGAACUGUAACAGAGCAUUACUGGAUAUGAUCGAAGAGAAAGCCAUGAGGACCAAGGAAUAUGAGUGCUUUGUGUUGAAAAUCCAGAGGCUAGAGAACCUUUGCCGAGCUCUGCAGGAAGAGAGGAAUGAACUGUACAGAAAAAUAAAACAAGCACAGCUCCCUGAAGAGGUGAAUGGAAAUGAUAUCUUAGAAGAAGACGACGAUGCCAAUACAAACCCUUCCUCCAGUGAGCAGGCAAGCAUUGAGCUAUGUGCUGCUGACAAGAACAUGCUGCAGGAGCUGGCUGAAGCUUUCAGGGUGUCCCACUCAGCAGAGGAGACCUUUCCAAGCAACAGCAGCAAUCCAGAGACAUGCGAUGUUCAAAUGUGUAAAGCCAUCUCUGUACCAGAACUCCCCUGUCAUCUCACCUCACAGUCAGAGGCUGGGAACCACUGUGAGCAGUUCAGCAUGAGCACAUCAGGACCCCCUGAACACAUGCCAGCAUCCUCUGAAAACACAACACCCAUCGAGAACAUGCCAAAGCCCACCAAAAGCAUGCCCAUGCCCACAGAAAUGGUGCCAACACCUACAGAAAGCGUGCCAAUACCUACAGAAGGUGUGCCAACAUCUCCCAGAAUCAUGCCAGCAACCCCUGAAGGUGUGCCAACACCUAUGCAAAACACAUCUGCUCCCCUUGGAAAUAUGCCAGCAUCCACCAACAGCACACCAAAAGCUGUAGAACACGUGGAUGAUAUAGCAGAGCUGUUUGUCCAGGAUCAGCCUGCAGAGCAAAAAGGGGAUACAGAUAUGGAAGCAGUAGACUGAAGACAAAGAAGAGUUCAGGCUCAUAUUAAACGAACCACAGUUCUACUUCGUUUCUCAAAUUCGUUUGUUUUAAAAAAAAAGUGAGUGCUAAAACACAUAUAAAAAUACAUACUUGUAGACAAAUAUAAUGCACUUCUCUUUGAUACCACUAUCCAGUUUUACUUGGUCUGCAUGUUUUGCUGUCUUUCAUGAUUAAAGCAUAAUAUUUUCUUAAUGAUAGGAAAAUUCAACAAAAUUACAGUAUCUUUUUUCCCAGUCAUGAGUCAUCUCCUUCAACAAAAUAAUUUUGAAAUGCUGAAGUUACAUGUUUCAAAAAUCAUUGCUAUUUUCAUACAUAUACUUAAAGUCUCAUAAUUAAUUAUAUCUGUUUGAUAUAUUGCAAUAAAGGAUGGCCUACUUGGAAAUGCAGAGAUAAAUGAGGAGAAAGGAAUCUGUGAUUAUAAAGUAAAAUAGUGAAAUCAUCAGUGUGGUCAGCCAUAUCCAAAGUGAGCUGUAAUAGCAAAAGGUGAUGGUAAAUGAGUAAACUACCACGGAGCACUAUGGGACUGAAUACCCACCAACUUUUAGUCUUACUCUGAAUUUGUCUUUUCUGCUUUGUACUUGACAGGAGGUUUUGUUUUCAACAGAACAAUGGGAGAAGGGAGAUCUUUUCUAGAUUCCUCAUAAAAUGACUGAAAAGAACACUAAUUCCUAAGCUGAUGGUAAUUCCCAAGGUAGGGAUUACAAACUUCUUUCUGCAUCUAAAAUAAGCCCAAUUGUUUGUCAUACGAUUUGGGAACAUGAUACCAAUAGAGGAACUCCUGCCUGCUGUCAGCCAGCAAAUGAGCUCAGAAGCCUGGAAGUUCAGAAGCUGGGUGCAGAUUCCAGCACUUAAGCCAAGGCAAAAGGCAGAGACUACACCAGGAGAUAUCCCUGUGAUGAUGCUUCAGGAUGCUGUGAUCCCUCCCGGGCACAGCCACAUAAACCUCUGUUCACUGAAGGUUCCUUCUGACUCUGUUGUACAUGCUGAUGCAACCAGGAGAAAGGCAUGCACUUAUCUGUCACCCUGUUCAAGUCAGCAGCCCAGAAGCAAAUGCGCAUCAGGAAAGCAGGAAUCUCUGUUCUUUCUGGGGACCAGAUGUAUUUCCACUUCUCUUCUAAACGACUCUCCUAUCUGCUUGUCAGUACACCAUUGCCUAGUAAUUUCUCCCCCGUGUCGGAACUGCCAAACCAGAAGUACUGAUUUUGACAUCAAGAACAAGGAUGAGGAAGGAAGCAGGGAAGGGUGUAGCUACCAAGACAGCUGUCUGGUCUCAAGCAAGGCGAGUAAGAUGGCCCUAGGGAAGAACACUGACACAAAAAUCCUGUUGGCACAUCUCCUGUUUUUCAUCUUCUUCCUCUGAAUGCAGUCUAACUCUUCUGCAUUGUGAUCUGAAUAGCGUAAUAAUCUGAAAAGGGCAGUAACAUGAGAUAUACAGAUGCUGGAAAGCUAAAUAUUACAAUCAAACAAACCCAUGGCUAGAGAAAACUCUCAAGCAGCCCUGAAGGAGAAUCUGAUCAUUUAAGCCAAAAUUGAAAUACAGUUGAAUUAAGAGAAAAGAUGCCAGCUUUGACAGAAUGUGGGCAACUGUGGUCACACAUUCUUUCCUGCACGUCACCCUCCAAAAGUGAGGUUUGAAUCUUUGCUUCCUGCUAGCAUGUCAGCAACCUGGCUGAGUACAUCUGCAUCUGCACUGCUCAUUCAUUCACUGAGAGCUAACUCAAAUAUACAGAGCACAAUUUGCAAACGUUGGUUAUUCAAAUAUAGAUCAACAAGUAGCUAUUAGAGCUACAGAUUCCAAAGGUAGAUGUCUUAUAUUAAGCUGACAGGACUUAUUUCAUGCCUUGAAUCACCUGAAAGUGGAUCAUUUAAGUCUUAAGCUCUUUUUAUAAGUAAUAGAGAUAAUAGGCGUUUCUUGAGGACAAGUCAUCCCCUGGUAAAACAGACAUCCCAGACUGAAGAAGUCUUUCUCUUCUCUGAUUCUGAAUCAGCCCAAAAUAACCAUCUUAAAUUUAAAAUGACAAAUAUUAGGUGUCUACAUUAGUUAGGUAAGAGGAAUCCCACCACACACUCAGAAUCAAGGUCCUAAGCAAGUCAACCAAGGCACUCUGAAAACCAAGACACUUAUGUGCCUGUGAAACUGUUAGCUUAUAACAAAAUUUUAUCCUAAGAAAAGAAGCUGUAUUCACUGAUUUACUUUUAGUUUCUACUGCCUUGAGUCUGUAGAAAUCUGGUUUCCAUAACAUGCUCUGUUUGUUUUUUUUUUUUAAGGGUGGUUUUAAAAUUAAUGUAAUUUAAAUACCUUUUCUUUUUUCUUCUCUUUCUUGAUCUCAUUUGAUUCUGUUGUCAGUUUUGGAAUUUCCUGCAUGUAACCAAGUCUUAUUUUUUUAAAGUAGGCCUUUAGAAUACCUUUAAUUGUUGUGGUUGUCUCAUACAGUCAAAUAUUCAAUUACAUAAUGACAAUGAUUGACAUGUCCUUGUAACUUGGUUCCAUUUUGCAUAAGCAUUAUGGUCACGUUUUCAGUUACAUAACAGUUGCCUCAUACCUUCCAACUUCAACAGGGAGACAAGGAUCCUACAGAUAAAAAGUUUCUACAUAGUUAUGAUUGAUUCCUACAGCCUCGUUCCUCAUGAAUAAUUACACAACCUCCAGGGAAAGAUCACUCCCACUCUAUUUCUCCUUCCUCAUUUUGGCCUUCUUUCAUUUUUGCAUCUAAAACUGCACUCACAUUCUUGCAAUUCUCAUUACUCUAAGAACUUCUACCCACAUGCCAGUUCCUUCUGCUCUUCCAUGCUCUCUACCAACUUGCACUUCGUCCCAGCAGUUUCUUCCUCAUUCUCAAUGCUUACGUACAAUGCUGAAAGCUUUUACUAUGGACUCAGCCUCAUGUGUUUGCAAGAGAUGGAAGAACAAAAGCAUAGGGAAGAUUCUGGCUGGCCCCAGACUGGAUGGAGCAUUUACAAUCACACCAUAGGGGUGACUUACAUGUAAUCUCAUGGCCUGUAGGAGGCAGCACCCUCAACAGAGGCAGAAAAUCUAGAAAAUUUAGUUGUGUACCCAUUCACCAUCCAUAAUGUCAGACUGGCAAUUUAAGCUGACAUUACCAUUCUCGUGUUAUUUAGUUUUCCCUCAUUCAUUUCACCAUAAGCUGCUGGCCUCCUCUUGCUGUCUUCCAGUACUGGUGCCCUAUGCAAAACUGCCCCUUCACAUACCAGUAUCCUCAUGAAAAGCCUUUGGGAUUGCAAUCCGCACAAUUCAAGGCACUUGCCUCAGUUACCACUCAAGAGGCAGAAACCCAGCACCCUUCUGUGGUCACUGAAAUGGAGUAAGCAGCAGAGAUGCAUGCUACUUCCCUACAGUUCAUCCUUACUACCAUUCUGUUCCUGACAUUGCCAGUCUCAUCAGUCCGUCCGCUAUGGUUGCUCCUUCAGCCUUGCUUAUAUUUCAUAUACUUUUUUCCCAUACCGUAAGGCACAGAUUUGGGGGGAGGAAAGGUGGCAAUGGUAGCUGUGUCCUUCUGUACUCUUAUUAAAACCAAUUCAUUGCUGUAUUGCUUCCAAACCAGCAACAGCCUUUGAUUUGCAAAAGCUGCAAAAGAAGAAAACAAAAUAUGUGUUUUCCUGUUCUGCAUGUCUGAUCUUAGUCAACUCAAAUAUUUAACAACUCCCCUGCUGAACAUGUAAAACAAUCUUUUUCAGCAACCCAUAAUUUAUCCACAUCUGAGAGGAUUUUCAGGAUGACAGCUAAAAUCACAUCCAUGACACUAUCAUGACACUCUCACCUAAUUGCUGUGGCAAAACAAAGAUAUUUUUGCCAUCUUGAUACACCUUAUUGGUGAGAGAUUGGUAGGAAAUGUUAAAGCCCACAAAAAAAGAGAUUUUAGCUGUGGUCAGUGGAAAAGCUGAUCUGUUUCAGCUUAACUUUUCCCACAAAAACAGAAAAGAGGUAGAAACAGGCACAGAAAUACAUAAUCCAGGUGACACAACUUCAGCAACAGAACAGCACAAAAGAAGGAUACCUAUAAUAUGGUGUAGCAUUUUUAUAAGCUUUACUGCUAAAGUUAGCUUUAAGUCUCUUUAUCAAUCAGACUGUAACCAACCAUGGGUGAUACCCUCACCAGCUCUCUUUGCUAUGAGCAGAGUUGUACUCAUCAGUAUGGAACCGAGACUUCCUUAUUGGGGAAUUACAAUAGGACUUGCUUCGCUCUUGGGCCCACAAGAUAUCCCUGCAUUGCCAUUCCCUUCAACCAUCAGCUGUGCUUAGCCAAAGGGCAAUCACAAAGAGCAGACAAAGCAUGAAGGAAGGCAAGGAAAAGGUGUGAGAAAUGGCAUUUGCAGUGUUUGUGAACUCCCCAUCAACUGCUGGCAGUAAUACGGUUCACCACUUUGCAAUGCUGUCUCUCCUAUUUAGAAAAGGCUUUCCAACAUCCCUUUCAAAGAUGAAGCAGGAGACAUCGGUUGUGACCCCGCUGGCUCACAGCUUCACUUGGAUGACAGCUGUGGCUGCCCAGAAGCCCCAGCCACUCAUGGCACUCGACCCAACAUGAUGUGUCAAAUUGUCAUUGCUCGUAGGCUGCAGAUGAUCAAGCGUGGCAUAGGACAGCUUGUUUCACAGGCACUGUGAAACAAGGCAGCAGGUCUUGCGCUUCAGGACCUUGGGGGAGAAACAGCAGCAAAAGGGAUAAACAAAGAAAAGAGACAAGGAGGGAGAGGCUUAAUUGUGUGUCUGUUUCUGACAAAGUUACUAGGAUUCACCUUUGAGGUGCAGGUGAAGCACUUGCAAUCCAGCCUAAAAGAAGGGCAGCUUUGGCAAAACAUGCUAGUCAGCACACACAAAAAAAAGAUACUGAAGUUGGACUUAGAUGUCACACCUUGCAGCCAUGAGUUACAAGACAAGAAAGAGAUGAAGAAAAAUAUCUCACAUUUGCUGAAAAUUAAAACACAAGUUUAAAUUCAACAAAAUAAGCUCAGAAUUAGCAAAAUAUUCUCUUUCUCGUGACAGAAAGCAAAAAAAUGUUCAAGAAGCCCUCUUACUUGCAUGAAUUGUUCUAUGCAUCAAUUAGCAAAACACAUAGCAUACAAUGCUUUUUACCUCAGAGGAUCCUAAAAUGCUUUUCAAGCUGUAAGUGUUGAGGAAUGACUUCACUGCAGACUGGUGGGCCACCGCUUUGCUGUAAGGCAGAAGCAAUGCACAGCAGAAAUACAGAGAUGAGCAGAGGCUUUCACCAGAUACAAAUCCUCAGAGCAGAACCGAACCUCUACACGUCUGGUAAUAAAAAGAAAAAAAACUUUUCAAUGA